GGCCACCAUCGGGGGAACGAAUGGUUCGACGUCGGCGUGGAACCGCGGCACGGAUCCUCGCCACGGGAUAGGACGUGCUCGAGGAGCCCUGGUGGUGGAAACCGACUUCGGAGUGGGGUCGAAAAGGUCGACCUCGAGGGGUGGGGGCAGUCGGGUGGUUAGGUUGGGUUCUAUAGGAGUCUAACCGGCAGUCAGUGCCUCCCAGGGCCCCGCGCCGUCAGUUUCGUUGGUGUUGUGUGUCGUGUAACGUGUCCUCUCUCUCUCUCUUUCUCUUCUCUCUCUCUUUCUCUCUUCCUCCUUCUCUCCCUCUCUCCUCUCCACCCUGUUUCCACCGAUAUAUAUACAUUUUUUUCCUUUUUUGUUACUCUCGUCACGCUACCACCACGAUCGACGCCCGCGAGUGAUAAGGGAAUAAUCGUGCACGCGCGCGACUCUCGACGCUGGGUGACGGAUGGUGCGUGUCCAGGAAUCCGAGCCCAGGGUCACGGUUCGCGAACCAACGAUCCAGGCGAUCCUCCAGGUGGGACUAAGAGUCAAUCGAGAAGGCUCAUCCGGAACGGAGCAUCGCUGAAGAGGAUACAGAUCUGCGCAGAAACGACGCAAGAAUGCGGAGGAUCGAUUUGGAGCCCCGGAAAGGUGGCUGGAAGCCUUCGGAAUAAUCGUUGUCGGUUCGAUGCGAGUGAAGACUGUCGAAGGAGUCGAUAUUGGUGGAUUAAACGCGAGUGACGGAGUCCAGGGAUCGAGGUGGCCCGGGUGAUGACAAGGUGGAGAGAGAAAUUUCGUCGGGGGAGCAAUCGCGGCGAGCUUCCGGGGGCUAGGAAGCUUCUUGGAGGACGUUCUCAGAACAAAAUGGCGUGGGCGCCGGCGAACCGUCCUCGGGAUCCGUCGAUCGGAGCGUGAACUGACUCCGUGAAUGAAGCUUCCUCAAUCCUGGUUACUUUCGAACUCCUGGGAACUUUUGAGAAGGGAUUCGAUGAUCCAACCAGAGCCUCCGAGUGUAUUCUUCAUUUCUGGAAAAUAUUCCAGACCUAACUCAGACCUAACCCAGGUGAAUCCUCAGUUUCCGAGUGGUAACAGUGACUCUGAGUGAACAGUGUCUGAACUAAACAUUCUGAAACUCCUCGAGACGCCUUGAGAAACCUUAAAAAAUCCGCUUGGGUCACUGGAGACCCGUGUCGGUAGUUCUUCGGAGUUCCGGAAUGAUUCCAGUGUUCUCGGGGUUGUGAACGGUGACUCUUGCCUCUGGUCUCUGACUAGUGACUUCGCGGAGUUUUCGUGGUUUCGCGGGGGAUCGUCGAGAGCUCGGGAGUGUCGAACUUUUACUAAAGGUUAUCGAGAAGAGGUAAGUACGACCUGCGGUCGUACUUGGCGCGAAGGCUUCAAAAUUGCUCGAAAAUCGUCGAAGGAGGUGCGCAGGGCUGGAAGAGCGAUGGAAAUCGGGGGUGCGGCGAUGCAGAGGUUGGGCACUGCCGGGGGGCCCGGGCCCCUCAGCCUUCAGGGCCCUCCAAGGUCAGUGAAAAUCUCACCCGUUAACAUACAGGACGAGCCUGGCGACCUCACUUCCCAAAAAAGCACAACUUCGCAUUGCGUAGGCUGCGGCGGCCGAAUCCACGAUCAGUGGAUUUUGAGAGUAGCGCCAAAUUUGGAAUGGCACGCGGCAUGUUUGAAGUGCGCGGAGUGCCAGCAGUUUUUGGACGAGCAUUGCACCUGCUUCGUACGAGAUGGAAAAACCUACUGCAAACGGGAUUACGUCAGGCUAUUCGGGACGAAAUGCGACAAGUGCAGCGAGUGCUUCAGCAAGGACGAUUACGUGAUGAGAGCAAAGAGCAAGAUUUAUCACAUAAAGUGCUUCCGAUGUUCGGCGUGCAUGAGGCAGCUGGUACCUGGCGACGAAUUUGCCUUGAGACAGGAUGGUCUCUUCUGUAGGCAUGAUCACGACGUCCUGGAAGGCGGAAAACUCUGUUCGGGGGCCGCUGGUGUUCCUGGAAACGAGAACAACAACAACGCUUCACUCAUGAACAACAACCACCAUCUGCAUCCCAACGACGGCUCGAUAUCAGAUUCGGGGUCCGAGAGCGGAUCACACAAAGCCAGCGUGGGAGGCAAUCGAGGAACGGGCAGCCAUAAAAGCAGCGGCGGUUCUGACGGAAAGCCGACCAGAGUUCGCACAGUGCUGAACGAGAAACAGCUUCACACUCUGAGAACUUGUUACGCAGCAAAUCCGCGACCCGACGCACUUAUGAAGGAGCAGCUGGUGGAGAUGACGGGCCUAAGUCCGCGCGUAAUCAGGGUAUGGUUCCAGAACAAACGGUGCAAGGACAAGAAGAAGACCAUCGCCAUGAAGCAACAGAUGCAGGAAAAGGACGGUCGUAAACUGGGCUUCGGAGGAAUGCACGGAAUUCCAAUGGUGGCCAGCAGUCCCGUGAGACACGAAAGUUCCAUAGGAAUGACGCCACUGGAGGUGCAAGCUUAUCAACCACCGUGGAAGGCUCUUUCGGACUUCGCUCUUCAUACCGACUUAGACAGGCUAGACCCCAACACCCCAUCGUUCCACCACUUGGUGUCACAGAUGCACGGCUACGAUCUCCACGGUGGACCACCUCAAUUGCCACCUCCAGGCAUGCUCGGCGGACCCAUGAACGACGGUGGAGGCGGCGGGGGUGGCGGUCCUCUGCCACCGCCCGGUCCUCAUCAUCCUGGCAGCGGUGGUCCGGACAUGGGUCAGCAUCCUGACAGCACCGAUAGCUACGUAACUUAUCUCGAAAGUGACAGUGACUCCCUUCACCACGAUACAGGAAGUCCAUAGUGUUGUGCAGUGUGGCCAGAACGAAAGUGUCCGCUUUCUUCGUGGUCUUCUUUUAACAAGUGCUUGAAGAGAAUAGUAGUCUGCGAGAACACAUAGGGGUGAAAUGAAUAUAGAGUGAAAUGAACAGCUGGGACUAUUUGAAAGUUGUUUGGAAAGCUUGAAGCUUAUCUUGAGAGGUAGCUUGACCCUUUCGCGCCUGACACGAUUUCUCCAGAGGAACGUGUGUAAAAUGUUUCCUUUUUCAUCGAGGAAUGUUUCCUUUUUCGUCGACAAAGCCGACCGUGGCGACUGGAAAACCCAAACAAAUCAAAUUUUAGUAAACCGAAUUUUCGGUGUGUCGCUGAGUCUUCGAAUACGGUGAAUCCUGCCUAAGAGGCGCGAUGGUUCUCUGCUUAAGAGACGCUUGGUUACCCCCACCUCGGAAGGUGCUCGCAAGCACUACUCUCGAGCUUGGAGUGGAUAUCGAUCAGACUCGUCGACGCCUAAGAGACAUCUAAGGUCUUGAGAUAGCGCCUCUUAGACAGGAAUCAAUCUAUACAACUGUGAACUCUUGAUUUACUGUGAUGUUGCAAUUACAUUAUUUUUAAUGAAAUGAAAAUUAGGAGCAAUCGUUGUAGUUUGAUAAAGCUGAUUAAGUUUCAGGGUUUUUUAAUAUUAACAUUUAGGCACCUUUCAGGAACUUAAAUAUUUUGAAGAUUCAGAUCCUUAUGAAUGAGAUUCUAAACGGAAUUAUAUCGCAGUGAUUCUUGGCACGCAAAUUCCCUAAUUAUAUUUGCAUAAAUUAUUAUUGGUAUAUUUAUAGGGAACGUUCUAUUUACUGUUUUUACAAAAUUAUAAGCUUAUAUUUAAAUGUGUACUAAAUGUAGAACGUUAUGUCCUUUCAUAAAACAUUGUUUGGCGUACGUAAGCUUACGAAAUAAUUAUUUGAUGAACAAUUGGGCAACGAAUAAUUUUGUUGUUACCGAAAUAUGAAAAGUUUUCUUAUCAGAAAUGUGUAUCACGAUUUUUAAAAUAUUUUGCUACCAAUGUAUCGAAUGUUAAUCUUAUUCAAUUCUUAUUCCACUAUAAAAAAAUAAUUUCGAAUAAUUAUUCAAAAUCUGACCAGCGAUUUACUACUUUUCUUAAAAUCUCACCAUUAAUUUCUGCGCGAAAGGGUUAAGAGCGAUCGACCUUUUCUAUAACUAAAAUGAAAAAAAAAACAGAAAAUGAAUCGUAACAAAGAAAAUAAUCCGCAGGAACAAGAGCUUAAAUAACAAAAAAUCGCAGCAAUGGUUCGAGUUGCCGCCAUUAGAUCGAAAUAAUUUAAAAACUAUCGUAAGGACUGCAGGAAAGGAAAUGCGUAUCGGAGCGAAUAAAAGUCGACGAUUAUUUAAACAAUUAUUUUGCCAAAUUGUAGAGAAACUCGAUUAUUGAUUAGGAGUGUGAGGAAGUCGUUGAGUACUGUUGGAAACUGACAAAAGAGGAUCUGGAAGUAAGACAGUUGAGUAAACAAACAGUCCUUUUAUACAGGGUGUCCCAAAACUCGCGUAGAAGCCGCAAAUAGAGGGUAGCUGAGACGAUUCUGAACAACAAUUUCCUUUGCAAAAAUGUCGGUGGGGGCUUCAUUUUUGAAUUAUUAACGAAAAACACCGACCAAUCACAAGUCGCGAGAGCAUAAGCUCGAGCCAGGAUUGGCUGGUUGCGCCAAGUCGCUGCGUAGCCAGCUGAGCGCGUGCUAAUCGGGCGCUGUGAUUGGUCGGUGUUUUUCGUUAAUAAUUCAAAAAUGAAGCCCCCACCGACAUUUUUGCAAAGGAAAUUGUUGUUCAGAAUCGUCUCAGUUACCAUUUCCGGCUCCUACGCGAGUUUUGGGACACCCUGUAUAGUCGCGUAGUUACCCCCACCACUUCCCAAAGCUGCGCGCGCAGAUCUUAGCCUUCGUCGCUCAUUCUCCCGCGCGAAAUCGAGUUUGAUAGAUGUGUUAAUUUCCUGGACCAUCUCCUAACCUUCGACCAACCUUUCCUUUGGGCAGAAUCCAGAUUCGUUUCCUUUAUUUCAUGGUACGUACAUCAGGUUCGUUCUUGUCAGCUACCAAAAGUAGAAAGUAUGUAUAUCAAAUCGACGAUCGAAUUUAUCGCAGUAAUUGUAAUUGAUUUUUCGCGAGACGAUCAGUAAAGAAUCGAUAAGUCCGUGGAAAACGCUAUGGCGAUAUUUUUCAAAGUCACCCCCUGUAAAAUGAAAUUUAAUUACGUUAAGUAAUUAAAAUUAGAAAGGAAGGACAAGGUUGUUAUAAUUUGCGAAGUGUGCAGACGAAAUAGUGAAAAUGACGAUUAAUUUGAGUAUUUAUUAAGAUAGGUUGCCAUCGUGCGGAUAUUUUUAAGCGAAAUUCACCCUCGUACACUGAAAUUGUCGAAUUGGCGGGUGCAACAAUUUCAUGAAAAGAAAAAACAUAGAAUCAGGUCAUUUCGUCAAUGUUCAUACAGUUUCAGUGAAUUUUUACGAGUGGAGGGGUGCAAUAAAUGUAGUGAAAUUUUCUUAGAUUAUUCCUCUCGACGAAAAACGGUUGUAUAUUUAGGUUUUCAAUAUUCUGUUGAGAACAUCAUGUUGCGUUAAUAACAAGGGUUGUCAGAGAAUGAAUAGUAGCGUAUCGAAGUUGAAUGAAUUGAUUAAAUAAGAUUGUGAUUGCAUCUGGAAUUCUGUUUUGGACCCAAAAUCUAGCGAUUGCAUCGAAAGUUAAUAACUGAAUUUUGUAUCCUUUGCGCUUUGGAUGAUCUGUGUUUAUUCUCGAGUUUCUUUUAGACUCGUUGAAACGACCAAAGAGCAUUUUUAUCAUCAAGAUAAAGAGGAGGAACAUAGCAGUUACGUCGACAGAGUUGGGCAAAUUUGUGUAUGAACAAAAAAAAUUGAAAUCAAAACAGUAAUAAUGUGUGUUCGUUCAUGGUAAAUAAAAUAUUUAUUUGAAGAAAGUUUUAUUUAUAAAUGAAGGACAACCUUUUUGUUAAGAUUAGAAUUUUUUUAAAAGACCCUCUUCAUCUUCCAUUAAUUUAUAUCCAUGUUUUUAAUCAUCUUCUCUAGUAUUAAUUCAUUAUUAUUCAAUUUCUUUCCCAGAGAAUUCAUUCAAUGUCUCCUUUUAUUAUCCAACACCAAUCAUUUCAAUAUUAACACUUGAAAUAAUUCAAAAUGGUUUCUUUUCAAAAGUUUAUGGUUUAUUUUUUAACACAUAGAAAUUGCUUAUAAUGUUCAUUGCAGGUACGUAUAGAUUUGUAGGAUUCGAAAGGUACAAUAGAUUCUGUAUACUAAUAUUUAAAUGACUUUUGAAAAUAUACAGAACAUCUUUGUUCAUUGUAAUAGAUUGAUGAUUUUUCCCUUGUACAAAAGAAGUUUAAAAAUGUCCAUUAACCAGUUGAAUAAGUAUCUCCUGCAAAUUUAUAAUUAAAUGAAAUAGUUCAUAAUUUCCGACAUCGUUUUAAAGUCAUUUAAAUAUACAUUACUCAGUUUACUGAGUCUGCGUAUCAUAAACUUGCCAAUCAAACUAUCAAAACACCAUAUAUAAUAUGUUUUACCUUUUAUAUGUAAAAGAUUAAAACAUUUCUUGAUACAAAUUCAUGGUUCCUUCCAAUUUCACUCAUAUCGCAUGUUAUUUCUUCAUCAAACUAAAGGUGAAAAAAAAAAUGUUCAACUCUGAUCGCCAGCUGCAUUGCUAAGAACAAAGGAAAGGCCUAUUUUACAUUGUAAAUAUAAUUGUGUCCGCUGUAAAUUCGGGCCACGGUAAACCAACCGGCGCAGUUAAUUCAUAAUAUCGAUACACGAAUAGUCGAUUCACGUUUAAAGAAUAAACAAGUAAUAUCGACGAUAGCACGUUAUUCCUGAUUUACGUUGUAAGUCGUAUUGUAAACGCAGGUAUGUACAUUCGAUUAAUACCAAAGUGUGCGGAACUUCAUGUGAACAAGUGGAACGCACUGAAUUGUAAAUAAUAUCCCACCCCUCUACGUUUUAUUGUCGCUAAUUAGUGGUUCGUUUUAGUGGUGAUUCGUUUAGAUGUUUGUAUAGAAUCGUUCCACACCGCUCCUCUUGUAAUGUACAUGUAUAAAAAGCGAGAACAUCGUAAACCCAACGUUUUCGUGAUCUAUUCGGAUCGUCUUCGGAUUUGUAUAACAUUUCUAUACCGGCGCACACGUAAUAAAUUGUCCAAUUAAAUUACUGGCCCGAAAAUUCAUUUGUAGCAAGACCCUUCUUAUUUCGUUAAAAUUUUUACUAGCAAAUAAUUCAACGAUCAAAUUUCUCUUUUUUUUAUUUUAUUAAAAUAUUUACAUCAUACUUUCAGAGUUUUCUUUUGCUUUCAUGAAAUAAAAUAUACUAUAACGAAAAUUAAAUUUAAAUGUGGAAGAAUUAUCGAGUGCUUAUAGUCUAAAAGGCAGCUAAAUAAAUGACUUCUGAAUAAUAAUUUAAAUUAUUAUUAUUAUUAUACAGGAAUUAUCGUAUGACUUGGAACCGUUAUACAGUAGACAUGUAUUGAUUUUAAUUAGUUGCAGUAAAUUGUAGAAUUUGUAAACUUAAAUAAAUCGACAUUAGGAGGAAACGACUCGUAUACAUUUCAAGCUGCGCUACUGAAUUGUACUGAAAUAGGUGUAUACGUAGAAAAACAUAGUCUUACACGUAGAAAAUAGUAUUUAGAUUCUUAAAUUUUAUGAUUUAACGAUAACGUCGAGGUCCCUAUCAUUACGAAAAAUAAAUGCAACAAUUGUAUCGGUAAAUAAGAUACAGUUCAAACAUUUUAUCGACAACGAUAGAAUUGAAUAGCCGAUUGAGCAGAUAG